GAAAGGAGACAUUUCAACGGGGAACAAAAGAAAAUAUCUCCAAAUCUCAUCACUUUUAAUAUCUUCGUGUUUAUUUAGUUAAUUUCUUCUUUUUUCAUAUUCAGCUGAGACUGAAAAAAAAUAGUCGCGAUUGCCAUCGGGGCAGAGCCAAUGGAGAAUCCUUCUCAGUUGGCCGCCAAAAUAGGAGCGGAGAAUUUUCUACUCCAGGAUGGAUUUGAAGCUUUGACAGUUCUGCUCAAGAAAGUAUCCUCGAAUAUGAUAGCGUCCACGACAACGGGAGAAAGUGGCAUAUAAGUAGCUGCGCCCACCGUUCAUUCCUCGAACAGGUCCACGAUUUCCCGAGAAAAGAAGCAGGAACAAGAAUGUUUCAGAUUCUUCUGCUUCUAGGGUCGCUUCUGCUUCAUGAAGAAGCCUCGCUAGCAGCUCCCCUGGUGAAGGGUAAUUGCCUCCCAACAUGUGGUGGCGUCACCAUUCCCUUUCCCUUCGGGAUUGGUGCCGGGUGUUUCCUCGAUGAGUGGUACGAGAUCUUCUGCGACGAAAGCACCUACAGUGCCGUCCCAAUGCUGAAGAAGCCCAACUUGAGGGUGCUCAACAUUUCGCUACCCGAUUCCUAUGGCAGAAAGAACGGCAUGAUCAGCGUCAGUCUUCCAAUAAUCUACUGGCAGAAUGCGACAUGCAGGGGAAAUGGAAGCUCUACGCCUGUGAGCUUGAACGGGAGCCAUUUCAUCUUCUCCGAGUCAAGAAACGUCUUGACCGCCGUCGGUCGCAACAUAUGUGUUCUAUUGGAUGACCAAAAGUCUGCAAUCAUAGGAUGCAAGUCUAGCUGCAAAGAUGACAAGGUUGUUAGGAAGAUGACUUGUUCGGGCAGCGAUGGAUGCUGCCGCACCACGAUUACCCCGGAUCUUCAGGCUUUCAGCAUCACUUUCAAUCACGAAAAGGGUCCAGCAAAGAAUCAAUGCGAGUAUGCCUUCUUGGGAGAUAGGUCGAAAUUCACACCUUCAACUAUAGACUUCAAAAAGUUGAAGGCGAGCGGGCAUUUCCCAGCGGUGCUAGAAUGGGGGAUAGCUAAAUCCUCCCGAGCUGCCUCAGAGAUUUACAAACAUGGCGAUUCCUAUGAGUGCAGCAAUUUCAGCUUCAAUUCAGUGUAUCGCAAGGCGAUGCCAUUUCUGCAGUGUUCUUGCCGUGGGGGAUUCACCGGUAACCCCUAUAUUAAAUAUGGAUGCGAAGAUGUGGAUGAAUGCAAAGGUCCAACCGAUCCGUGCCCUGGAAGAAAUUGUGUGAAUCGGCAAGGUUCCUAUGAUUGCGUCGAAAGAAGCAAGACGAUCAAGUUUCUCCUCAUACGUAAGUAAAUUUCUUCAUUCUGUCAUGUUUAUGAAUAAGGACUAUCCAUCUUUUGUGCACCCAGAUUCGGGAAUAUCCCAUCCUAUCAUUUCAAGAAAGGCAACAUGGAGUCUAUAAGUGAUAAAUCCCACAAUUUAGAAAAAGUUAUAUAGCCUGAUGCAUUUUCAGUGGAUCGGAUGUUUGUUGUUCGUACACAGCUCUUCGGAAUUCAAGUUUGCUGUUUGAUUUGGGCACAUAUUUUAUGAACGAGGACUAUCCAUCUUUGGUGCA